AAACUUCAAACCUCAAACCCUACGUAGUACGGAGGGAGAGAAGUUACUUCCUCUGCCACUACAAUCUGCCACUCCUCGUAUGAAUUUCUUCUUCUUUUCGUUCAUUUCCAUCGCCACAUUAAUCGGCCUUUAACCAUUCACCGUCUUGUUCGUCGAUCUUGUUCAGUUCACUUCAAUUUUUGAAGGUGCUCGGGUGCUUCGAAUUUUUUUCGGGAUUUGGAUUUGGACUGCUUUUCUUGCAUUAUGGGGAUACCGUGUGAGCAUGUUUGUCGAUAGACCUGCUACUUCACGAUUGGAGUUAUAGCAGAUUUUUAACACUAUGUGUUUAAGAGAUGUUUUUGAUAUAGAGGUCCCUGCUUAAUGAAUAUGCUGCAUCUGAAAAGAUUUAUAAUGCAGCAUGGCUAUGUGUUUGAUUAUUCAGUCUAUCAUUGAAAAUUCGUUGAUUUAGCUCAGAGGCACUUCACAUUUUUUGCUAAUCUUUGUGUAGCUUCUUCCUUGUUUUGUCGAAGAAGAGAGAUCUCGCAGUUGAACCAUCAUGUCUGUGACUAACCUUAUAGAAAUUAGUUCAUCAGACAGUGAAAUAGAGCUAGAAUAUAUUAGUGACAGUGACGAUGCUGCACCAAGUAUUGGGGAACCUAGUCACAGCAGAAAGCUUCCUCAUUGGGCAUCCACAGAUUUUGGUCCAGGUCAAAGUAAUGUUAAUAACAGCCCACAUUCUGGUUCUAAUGGCGAUGCUGGAGCCUCAAAUCAUCAUAUUGUCCUCGCAGAUGAUUCUGAUUAUCUUACUGAAAAUGGGAAUACUGGUCUACCCCGAACUGUGAAUUCUCGAAUUGCAACCACAGCUGGUGCAGAUUAUGAAAGAUUAUCUUCUCAACAGGCUUUUAAGAGGACCCUUCCUUAUACUUUUCAGUCACAUGCACCCCCUACAAAAUCAAAUAACUUAGUAGACAAUGUGGGCAGCAGUCAAAUUCGUGAUGCCCACAUCAGUUCUUAUGAUUCAGCAAGGCCAAGUUCAACUAGCGGCAGGGUUUAUGGGAGAGAGAAUGUUUUCAGAGGCAACGGCGACGAUGCUGUUAGUUCUGAGAACAGGGAUUACAGGGUUCUCCCUGUGAGUUUGGCACCAGGGAAAACUAUACCUUCUUCACAGUAUCCAAGUGAACAUCCCUACCGCUCUGGUUAUGGUGAAGAAAUGGUUGCUGGAAGUGAUGAGAGAUUGAUUUAUCAAGCAGCAUUGGAGGAUCUAAAUCAACCAAAACUUGAGGCUAAUUUACCCGAUGGUCUUCUGUCUGUUCCUCUUUUAAGACAUCAGAAAAUUGCAUUAGCAUGGAUGCUACAGAAGGAAACUAGAAGUUUGCAUUGUUUGGGAGGAAUUUUAGCGGAUGACCAGGGCCUUGGAAAGACAGUUUCUAUGAUUUCCCUCAUACAAACGCAGAAGUCCUUGCAGUCAAAGGCAGAAUUAGAAGAUGGAAGCAAAACAAAAGCUGAAGCUUUGAAUUUGGACGACGAUGAUGAUAAUGGCACUGGCACUGCUGAUUCAGUUAAAAUGCAGCAGACUGGAGAGUCUGAUGAUGUUAAACCAAUUCAAGAAGUGAAAACAACUAGAGCAAUCAGUAAGCGGAGACCUGCAGCUGGUACACUGGUUGUGUGCCCUGCAAGUAUUCUUCGGCAGUGGGCCAGAGAACUAGAGGACAAGGUCACUGAAGAAGCUAAACUCUCAGUUUUAAUCUAUCAUGGGGGAAGUAGGACUAGGAAUCCUGAUGAGCUUGCAAAGUACGAUGUGGUUCUCACAACAUAUUCGAUCGUCACCAAUGAAGUUCCAAAACAACCUUUAGUUGAUGAGGAUGACGCUGAGGAAAAAAAUGGAGAUAGAUACGGAUUAUCGACUGAUUUUUCUGCUAACGUAAAGAGGAAAAAGACCUCUAUCAGCAGUAAGAAGGGUAAGAAAGGCAGGAAAGGAACUGGCAUUUCCAUUGAGUGUGAUUCUGGCCCACUGGCAAGAGUGGGUUGGUUCAGAGUUAUUCUGGAUGAAGCUCAGACAAUAAAGAAUCACAGAACUCAAGUAGCUAGAGCCUGCUGUAGCCUUCGAGCGAAAAGAAGGUGGUGCUUAUCUGGAACACCUAUACAAAAUGCAAUUGAUGAUUUAUACAGCUAUUUCAGAUUUCUGAGGUAUGAUCCUUAUGCUGUCUAUAAAUCUUUCUACCAUACAAUCAAGGUUCCAAUUUCCAGAAAUUCAGUUACUGGCUAUAAGAAGCUUCAGGCUGUUCUAAGGGCAAUAAUGUUGCGACGAACUAAAGGCACAUUAAUUGAUGGGGAACCGAUUGUCAAAUUGCCCCCCAAAACCAUACGGUUGACAAAAGUGGAUUUUUCUACUGAGGAGCGUGAUUUUUAUACCCAAUUAGAAGCUGAUUCUCGCAAGCAAUUCAAGGCUUAUGCCGCAGCUGGUACUGUAAAGCAAAACUAUGCAAAUAUUCUGCUGAUGCUUCUACGCCUCCGUCAAGCUUGUGACCACCCACUUCUUGUAAAAGGGUAUAAUAUUGAUUCUGUGGGGAAGGAUUCUACAGAAAUGGCAAGUAAACUUCCUAAGGAUAUGCUGAUGAAUCUGUUAAAUUGCUUGGAGACUUCUUUGGCUAUAUGCCGAGUCUGCGAUGAUCCACCUGAGAAUCCUGUUGUUACCAUGUGUGGUCAUGUUUUCUGCUAUCAAUGCGUGUCUGAAUACUUGACUGGCGAUGACAAUAUGUGCCCGGCACUUGGAUGUAAGGAACAAGUUGCUGCUGACGUUGUUUUCUCGAAAACUACCCUCCGGAAAUGUAUCUCUGAUGAUCUUGAUGGUGGUUCCACAAGUUCAGGAAUUUCUGAGAAAUCCCAAGUUGUUCAUAGUGAGUACAGUUCGUCCAAAAUUAGGGCCGUUCUUGAGAUUCUGCAGAACAAUUGCAAAGCAUCAACUUCAACUUCUGAACAAGGGGUUUCCUUUGGAUGCAAUGGAAGUUCUCUACAUUCUGAAGAUGAAUGCAUUGAGAUUUGUGAUUCUGAUGUUAAUACUACAAAGAACGCAUCUCCAUGUCCAAAUCCAACUGAAGAACCUGUGAAGACGAUUGUUUUCUCCCAGUGGACCGGCAUGUUAGAUUUAGUAGAAAUGUCACUUAACCAGGCUUGCGUACAAUAUAGGAGGCUUGAUGGCACAAUGACUCUGGUUUCAAGAGACCGUGCUGUGAAAGAUUUCAACUCUGACCCCGAGAUCACUGUUAUGUUGAUGUCAUUGAAGGCGGGAAAUCUAGGUUUAAACAUGGUUGCAGCAUGUCAUGUUAUCCUAUUGGAUCUUUGGUGGAAUCCGACUACAGAGGAUCAGGCUGUAGAUCGAGCUCAUAGAAUUGGACAGACUCGUCCUGUUACAGUGUCAAGGAUUACUAUAAAAGACACAGUUGAAGAUAGGAUACUAGCACUGCAGGAAGAGAAGAGAAAAAUGGUUGCAUCAGCAUUUGGUGAAGAUCAAAAUGGAGGUUCCGCUUCCCGCUUGACGGUUGAAGAUCUCAGAUAUCUCUUUAUGGUUUGAAUCGUCGAGUGGCUCAGCUUCUUCUUCUGGAAGUUUUAUUUAGCUUACACUUGGUGGAAAAAUUUUGUAGGGAUCAGAAUAACUUCUGGUUCUGAUAAUUUAAGGGCGAGAGACACUGGUUGCACAUAUUCUGCACACCAGAGUGGCCCCACGGGAUAGGCUGGGUCAACAUAUACUUAUGGUAACAUAAAUGAGUUUUUGUGGCCCUACCAACUUCUUCAUUUUUCUUUCUUCCUUCUUUGGGAUUUCAGUGAAGUGCCAAGGUAUCUUGAUAGGGCUGCCUGUAAAUAUCCAAGUUUAUAUCUAUUGUAUACAAAAUGUUCAGAUUUAGGUAGCUUUCUUUUUCCUUUUUAAUUUAUUUUUUCGUCACGUUUAAAUUAUGUCGAUCGUCUCUAAAAAGCCCAGGUAUGUAUUGCAAGACGUGCUGUGUAAAAAGAUUACAGGUUUCAUUGGGUUCCUUGAAAAUAUGCAAGUUGACUGUUGAGUGCUGAAGAUUGUAGAAGAGGCAAUAAAGAUAGCACGUCAAGGACUUCAAUUGUGGCUGUCAAUCAAGGUACAUGUUGCUGCUGCUUAUCUUGUUCUAUCUUCCAUUAAGACGAUUCACUUUAACUGUAGUAAGUUAUUUCAUACUUCUGAUCUGAUCUAGUUGCUAUGAUUGAACUCUCUUAAUACUGAUGAAUAAUUUAUGUUGCUGUAAUUCAUCUGUGUGAUAUAUUAGGAACAUGAGGCAGACUUGAACUGUUCUUAGUAUAUUAUUAUUUACAUGUGUAAUACAUUAGCUGUUUGAAACUCAUUAGUGACUUGUAAUUUUACUUUCUACUAGUUCAAGGCGUUUACUUCAAUAAACGAGUGAAAUGUUAUUUAGUUUUUCCCCCUUUCUACAUGGUACUAGAAUUCCUGAGCUUUUUUCCUAGAAUAGGUGAGCUUUCUUUAUACCAAAAGGGCUUGAAGUUCGGUACCGUUUUGGGGUAGCAACUAAUCUGUUGAUAAGAGGAUGAGCACCUCAAGUCCGAUUCAUCUGCACGAUUUAACUACUAGAUGAGAUGCAUGUGAAGCUCACGUAAUCCCUUGCUACUGCGUAGUAGUGUGUAAUGGGCAUGCGGCCAUGAGCAACACACUUUAGACAAACAUGACUGUGACACCUGAUAGUAAAACUCUUUGGUCAUUGGAUUGACCCAUUUUUUACCUUGAUUCUAUGUGUGCUUUAUUUGGUAUAAUUUGUUUGGAUGUGAUUGUUUUGAAGAGGGUUAUUAUAUCAAGUCCAAGAUACUCUCAACUUGUUCUUGGCAAAGAUGGUUUUCUUGAGAUUAAUAUAUGGCUUAUGUAA